AUGUCUUUUCUCGGAUUGCCAACUGAACUAAUUUGCUAUAUCUCUGAUUACCUGGACGACGAGUACUGCAUAAACGCUCUUCUCCAAACCUGCCGGCAGCUUGCCAGCUGCUUGAACUACUCGCUUUACGAACAUAAUGUUCGCAAAUCUCGCUCCAGCGCAUUGGGAUGGGCGGCAAUGAACGGUAUAGAGUCAACUGCUCAUUGCGCUCUUGAAGCUGAGGCUUCAGUCACUGAAGAAUAUGAUCUUCCUCGCUUUGGAAGUUGGCCCCCGAUGGCUGUGGCAUGCAUACAGGGACAUGAGCCUAUUGUCCGCCUGCUGAUAGAACACAGUGUCGAUCUGAACUCGAUUAAAGGAUUCAUGACACCUCCCAAUCGCGAAAAUAGCCACUGGGAGAUGUUGGAGCCCCGUACUACUACGAGCCCGAUGUUACUUGCCGCCUCCCACGGUCACGAACAUAUUGUCAGACUGCUACUAUCCAAAGGGGCUUAUCCAAACAUCAUCGAUGAGGAGAGUUAUAUGACACCGUUCAAAAUAGCUGUGUCAAAAGGUCACCUAAAUAUUGUGAAGCUGCUCGACAAACAGGUCUUCGAUCUUCCAGGGGGAAAUCUGCUCGCCGAUGCAGCCGGUAGAGGUCAUUAUGGCAUCGUCAAUUAUUUAAUACAUUCUCCGAAAUUUAAUAACCGAUGGUUGAGUCUUGGCUUUGGCGCUCUUUGUACUGCUGCUGGGAACGGUAACCAGGAAAUCGUCGGCCUUCUCUUGGAUCAUGGUGUGUUGGAUUACGAUAAAAAUCCGAGAGUGUCGAAUGCGACUCUCCUUGUUGCCCCAAUGAUCCAGGCUGCGAAUAGUGGGAAUUUUGCUACCGCGGAACAAUUUCGAAGGGCUUUGGACCUAGAACGUGUCAUCUCGGAUGGGAAGCUUCUCCAUGAAAAUUAUCGCCAGCUUUUGUUCGUCAGCGCUGGAUGUGGGUGGGGCGAUAUUGUGGAAAAGCUACUCGAGCGAGUGUAUCCACCUAAUGCCCCUCAGGGUCGGAUUGCGGAGUUUGAAGGGCAGAAUUGGCCUGCCGAAGAAAGGGGCCGGACCGAGGGGUACCCCAGUCUAACGUACGGAUCCCCAUUGGCACUGGCAUCACAUCGAGGGCAUCAUCACGUUGUUGAAAAGCUACUUUCACACGCCGAUGCCGGGAUAGUCGACCUCCAAACCCCGUCUGUCUAUCAUGUUCCAAGUCCACUCUUCUUCGCAAUUGAUGGUGGUCACCGGAGUAUUGUGAAAAUGCUUCUGGGACGCGGAGCAAACGCACAUUCCACAUCCCACUGUGGAAUCGGAAUGAUGUCCAUGGAUCGUAGAGCCGGACCAGAUUGCAUAUAUUAUCAAGCGAUUAAGUCGCCAUUUUCUAAGGCCUUCGAGUCGCCCGAAAACUCGGGUAUCCUACAAUUGGUGCUUGAUGUCGGAGCUCGUCAGUUCGAAAAACUGCCCGAGUCCAAGAAGCGAUCUAAUCUCCUUAGCGCCUUGAUGCUAGGGAAUGUUGGCAUGAUCGAUUUCCUAGACGGGAGAGUUCCGUUUGAGGAUUUCCCAAUCAUCCCACACGAUACAGACAGGGCCGCACCACUUCAAAGCUUGAUUCAAGCUGCAACGCAUGGUGGUGUAGCAGCGAUGGAACGUCUCUUCGCGGCUGGGUAUCAGGCAGACUCCAGUGCCCUCUGGGGAUAUCAAGCAGCACUCGAGCUCGCAGCAAGAACAUCAGACGUGGCUGCAAUCAAGCUUCUAUUCAAAGAAUGCCCAAUAGAGAACCUCCACCAGCCCACAGAGGAUCAUUGUCCACUUUUGACAUGUGUAAGUGGUGAUAUAGUUCAAAGAGCGGCUACCAUGGACACUCUAGUCGCGCAUGGGGUUGUGGCAGACACACAGCAGAGCUCCAGUCUGAGCCGUAUUCACCACCAUCUCACACGAUACUCCUAUAGCAAUGGUACCGGACAGGUCAGCCUGCAGGAUAAUGUUCGAUUAUUGCUAGAUCAUGGGGCGGAUCCCUUGUGGGAUGGAGGAGGUAACUCCAAUACUGUGUUGGUCAAUUUUGCCAAGUCGGGGCAUACCAAGGAAAUUGAAAUAAUGCUGAGUGUGCUAGAAUCGCGGGGAUUCUCACUGGAGAAGUGGAAAGAAAUACUGAGUGACGCAGAGAAGGCGGCAAGAGAAAAGGGGAGAUUGAAGACAGCGGCCUUUCUGGACGGUUACUACUACCGAAUGAAGAACCCGGUUCCUAAAACUAUGUGA